ACGGCAACGAGCCAGAAGGUGCGCUGGAAAUUUACUGAGCAUUUCAUCAUAGUUUUUCUCAUAUGAACAGCGUAUUCACGACUUAUUUGAACGUCUAUUUGCAAAUUUAAUUCAAUAUUAUUACUGACGCAUUGUUUCAGUAUAUAUCUUCAAGAAGGAAAAGAAAAUUCACUGACAUUGGCGGGAAUAAAUUAGGAUCAAGGCCGACGACACUCCAAAUUUGCGCCAUAUUGGCCAUAAAUCUGAUACAAAAUUAUCAGCGGUCUAACGUCUUUUAUGAAGGUUUUGUGCGAAAAAGGGCCAUUGCGCUGGCAAACAAGCACCAUUUCGCGAAAAAGGAGUAGAAAUUGUGGUUUACCCACAAAAAGAACUUUUAUGAAGUUCAUAGAUUUUUGUGACUACCAUCUAUUACCCAGAAGUUGUAACAUUUGUACGAGACAUAAAGACGGUGAAAACUUGAUAGCGCAAUCAUGGCUAUGGUCAACGUCAACAGUGAGGUCACUGACCAGUUCUACCGCUACAAGAUGCCUAAAAUCAUAGCGAAGGUUGAGGGGAAAGGCAAUGGCAUCAAGACUGUGAUUGUUAACAUGGUGGAUGUGGCUAAAGCUCUGUCUAGGCCUCCAACAUAUCCAACCAAAUACUUCGGCUGUGAACUUGGCGCCCAAACUCAAUUUGAUUUGAAGAAUGAUCGUUUCAUUGUCAACGGUUCUCAUGAUGCCAACAAGCUGCAAGGACUGCUGGAUAACUUCAUUAAGAGAUUCGUCCUUUGUGACGAAUGCUCCAACCCUGAAACCAUAUUGAGCGCCUCUCAGAAGAACCAAACCAUCAAAGCUCGGUGCAUCGCCUGUGGUCACCAGUCAAUGGUGGACAUGCGCCACAAACUGACCACCUUCAUUCUGAAAAACCCACCAGAUGUGGACCCUGCCACCAUCACCCCCUCAAAGGGCUCCAAGAGCAAGAAGGGCGGGAGGAAGGGUAAGAAAGGGGAGGAUUGUAAUGGUGAUGAUGGGGACAACGACCGCGCAAGCCCAGAAGUCAAUACCCAGGAGCAGAUGGCCAACCAGCGGGCAUCUGGGGGCGUCAUUGAUGCACCACCAGAGAUUGUUGUGGACCUGGAUGAUGACUGGGGUGGGGAGGAUGUUAGUGACGAGGCCGUUGCUAAGCGUAUGCAGGAGUUGACUGACGCCGCCAAGACCAUGGCCAUGUCUGAGGAAUUGGAGAAAACAGAAAAUGAAAGGAUGAACUUUUUCUACAGCUUUGUGAAGGAGAAGAUCAAGUCCAAGUCGUUGGCGGGUGCGGACCAGGAGGUGUUGGUUGAGGCGGAGAGGUUGGAGGUGAAGGACAAAGCUGCCCUUGUGCUCGUCGAACUUCUCAUGGAUCAGAAAGUCCUCACUCAGAUCAAACAGCACAGGAAGCUCCUACUUAGAUUUUGCCAUAACAACCAGAAGGCACAGAAGUACUUGUUGGGUGGUAUGGAGCAGCUGAUUGGUAACGAGUUCAAGGCCUCCCUUCUGCCGAAGGUGCCCCACAUCUUCAAGGAGUUGUACGACAACGACAUCCUUGAGGAAGAGGUGCUCAUCGACUGGAAUAAGAAGGUGUCGAAGAAAUACGUGUCUAAGGCAGUUGCCCAGGAGAUUCAUGACAAGGCGACACCAUUCAUCAAGUGGUUGCAGGAAGCAGAGGAGGAGGAAAGCGACGACGAUGAUGAUGAAGUUGAGGUUGCAUUUUCUACAACUGGCAAAGUGGGAGCACAAACUGUAACCCCUGAAAAAACUGCAUCUCCAGCUCUGAACAACGGCACUGCAACUGCCAAUGGUGACGAGGACGAGGAUGACAUAGAUAUUGAUGCCAUAUAAACAUUUAACUGAGGCUUCAGCUACUGUACACAUAUUCCAUGCGAAUUGACAUUACUAAGUGCUCUGCACUUCAUGGUUGGAACAUCUUUUGUGGUAUUUUUAUUCAGAUACAUUUGACAUCACCUAAAUGUUAAGUACAUUUUGUAUUUAUGAACAUUGCUUUUAAAUUUGAGCAGAAUUGGUUUGAAUAUUGUUUAAGAACCAUUCUGAUAUAUAAUUGGUUACAUUUGUAAAUGUUCAUCAUUUUAUUUGUGGUAAUUAAACAGUUUUGGUGUCGGGUCUUAAGUGUUUUGGUGAAGUUAAGGGUGGCUGAGGCUGACAGUUCUAUAAAAGAUCAGCAUACAACAGUAAAUCUGAGUAGGUUUAAGUCUGUAAUAGUUAUUUCACAUACUGUUCAUUUUAAAAAUCUUUACUUUGCCUUUUCCCGCUAUGUCCGUUACUCAGAUAAAGGAUAUUGUAUUGUCAAUUGUUACUUAGGGUAUGGUUUUAUGUCAAAAUUAAUUUCAAUCGUUGAAACAUGUUAAUAGUAUAUAUCAUACAUCGUAACAUGUACACUUCACUCCAAAAGCAUAUAACAUCUACAUGUAGUAUAGUAUUCUUUGCUUUGCACUUGUUAGUGUCCAUAUAUCGAUUAUAAAAAAAAUAAACGGUAGAAAAGUUCAUCAUUAAGGACUAUCGAUAGUGGUUUCAUUGUAUUUGAUUAUUGAAAGUUUAUUUUUAGAAUCCUUGAGGGCUGUCUUUUGACGAUUUCGGCCCAAUUUCUGUUGUUGUUUUUUCUAAACACAAAUUUUCCCAAAAUUUCUCGCAAAAAUAACUUCUUUUAUUUCCUCAUUUUUUUAUUACAAAUAGAGUUACUUAUUGCUAGAUGAAUAAUGA